AUGAAACGGUAUUGUGAGAGCGAUAACGGUGCCGCUGUCUCUAACGACCGCUUCGACAUAUGGCAUGACUAUAUGAACCUUGGGAUGAUGGUGCAGCAGUUCUUUGCACAACGUCGACUGCCGGACAGAGGGGAUGAAUCAGUCUGUGAGGGGCGUGCAUUGCCUGACCGUUCGCCUCAAAACCACAGGCGCUUUCGGAGUGAAUCCAUGUCUGCAUCAAACUUGCAGACCUUCGAUGCACGUUCGCUGGAGUCCAUCAGCACCCGGAGCGAGAGCAGCAGGUCCGCCACCAGCCGCGAGGGGAACCACAACAAGACCCCCCGUUACGGUUGUGGAUUUUGCAGACAAAAUGGAGAGACAGUGGAGAUUUACACAAGCCACAAGCUGAAAUCUAAAGAUGGAAAAGUCAUCUGUCCAGUCCUACGAAACUACGUUUGUCCCACCUGCUCAGCGACCGGUGACAACGCACACACACGUCACUAUUGCCCAAAGCUAAACGGACUCGAGACCAGCUUUUGGUAA